GAUACUGGAUUUUUUCCCUGCGGGUUAAUAUCAUCCGAUCGUAGUAGUUUGGGAAAGUUGUCCGCUCUUAUUUAAACAUAUCUAUUACAUAAACUGUUGUUUGUAAGGCGUGAGCAGAGGGAAUAGUUUCUGUUUUGCAAGUUUUGGUCGGUUGAGGGCAUAUCUAGUUUCGGUAGGCCUUGAGUACAUGUUUUUUAAUGCAGAGGAUCCCGUAUUACUUUUGUAUUUAAAUGUCAGUGUGCGUAUCAGUUCCCAAUAAAUCUACCAAAGGCGAAGUCGAAGAUGUUGCUGGUUUCAAAACAACAAAACACAGAGAAAAAAGUGACGAGCACAGAUUAAACUGUGGGAGGGAAGAUUACCUAAGUGAUGUGUCUAUCAUUCUGCCUGUUCAUAAUGCAGCAAGAUGGUUGGAUGAGUGCCUUCAGUCAGUUUUGGACCAGGAUUUCCAGGGAUCGAUGCAGUUGUCAAUUUUCAAUGAUGCAAGCAAGGAUGGUUCAAUGAAUAUUAUUGGAAAAUGGCAAAUGAAACUUGAAGAGAAAGGUAUACAUAUUGUGAUUGGUGGACAUGAGUCACCAUCCCCAAAAGGAGUGGGUUUUGCCAAGAAUUAUGCAAUUGCACAAAGUUUUGGAAGAUUUCUUUGUUUUCUAGACGCAGAUGAUGUCAUGAUGCCACAGAGGGUGAGACUACAGUAUGAUGCAGCCCUUGAACACCCUCGUUGUAUACUCGGCUGUCAAGUUAAGAGGGAACCAGAGGGUUCAACUGAACGAUACACACGUUGGAUUAAUAGCCUGACUCAGGAGCAACUGGUUACUCAGGUCUUUACUUCCCAUGGUCCCACUGUCAUCAUGCCAACAUGGUUCUGCUCUCGAGAAUGGUUUGACUCCAUUGGAAAGUUUGACGAAAGCGGAAAGGGUGUUCCUGAGGAUUUGCUGUUCUUCUAUGAAAGUCUUCGGAAAGGAGGAGGCGUGUUUCGAGUGGAUCAUUGCCUUCUUGUCUAUCGCUAUCACUUGGAGGCUGCCACACAUGCUGUUUUAGAGGACACUAUUUGGAAGGAACGUGUGAGAUUCCUGGAGGAGAGAGUUCUAAACACUUGGCCUCAAUUUACAAUUUGGAAUGCUGGGAAACAGGGGAGAAAACUGUACAGGUCUCUGUCAGCUGCCAAUCAGAAAAAGGUUGUCUCCUUCUGUGAUGUGGAUCAAAGCAAGAUAACAAAGGGCUUCUAUACUUAUGAAGAAUCAAAGAUCAAACCCAAGCCAAAGAUUCCCAUUUGCCAUUUUACGGAAGCCAAGCUCCCUUUCAUCAUCUGUGUGAAGCUGGACCUGACAGAUGGUGGGUUUGAAGAAAAUUUGCACUCACUGAAACUGAAGGAAGGAGUGGACUACUAUCAUUUCAGCUGAGGACCCCGGGCUAAUCUCCACGGCCGAAUUCCACAAUGCCUGUAAGAAUAUAAGGACUUAAGGAGUGCAAGUAGCAGGAGGCUAUUUGGCCUCUCACAUCUGCUCCAUUCAGUAAGAUCAUGGUUGAACUUUUACCUUAGCACCAGUUUCUUGCUCAGAACGUUCUUGCAUUAGGAUGAUUUAAAUGCCGGUCCAACAGGCUGAAAAGGUAGGGUGUCGGGCCAAUUCCACUCGCUCUUCCAUGAUGUUCAUUCCUCUGUCCACGGCGUUGAGGCUGCCAGACUGCUUCGGCUGCAACGGACUUUGUGUUUGCAAGCUUUGCGGUGAUUAGCCCCGCUGUGUGAUGAACUGAGACCAGGCUAUGGGCCUACUCUGGCUACACUGAGCUCCAGGUCUAUGGACUCAAUUUAGUUCGGAAUGCUUUUACUGGCUUUUAUUGUUCGCAUAAUUUGUGUUUUUUUUUCUUUGUGUAUUGGGUCUUUUUUUAAUUGGGUUUGUUCAGGUUUUUGCUUUGUGGCUGCCCAUGAGCAGACAGAUCUCGGGGUUGUACAAUUUAUAUGCUCUUUGAUAAUAAAUGUACUUUGAAUCCUUGAGUCUGCUUUGCACCAGAAAGUCAUACAGCACAGAAAUAGGUCCUUCAGCCCAGAGCUCUUGCUGACCAUCGACCACCAGUGUAUGGUAAUCCUAUUUUAUUCUCCCCUCAUUUCCAUCGGCCCGCCCCCGAUUCUUCCACUUGGAGACCUGCUGCAGACAAAAUGUGGAGAUGGGCAGAAAGGUUGGCACGAGUGUAGUGGGCUGAAGGGCCUGUUUCUGUGCUGUACAACUCCGUGGCUAAUCAAUGCUGUAAGGGCAACACAUAAAAAUAACAUUGCAUUUUGAUUGGCAUUUAAUGUGUUUCCACUUUAACACAAAUAUUUUGGACACAGCGCUCACUAAUUACAGCUCAUAGUGCUCAGAGUAUUUAAAACAUCAUCACUGGUUAUUACCUCACUGAUUAUGGUCUGUUUACUUCCACCUGGCCAUAAGGCUUAAGAAUUAGGCCGUUUGGCCUGUCAAGUCUUCUCUGCUGAUUUAUUAUCCCUCUCAUCACCAUUCUCCUGCCUGCUCCCUGUAACAUUUGAUGCCUUUAAUAAUCAAGAAAAACAGUGCUACAAUGCAACCCAGAUGAGACUAAUCCCACAAUCCCCUGCUCUGGAGAUUGACACCAUAUCCAUCACGCCACUGGGUCACCACAGUUACCCUGCAUAUAUCCUGCUCUGCAAAUCCAGCUUUACAGAUCGUCGUCCACCUUGCAGAACUGAGGGACUGCUCAUGGCAAGGAUUCUGCAGGGGUCCCUCCACCUGGAGAGGAAAUUGCUUUGUUCCAGCAUUGCCACAUUUUCUUAUCAACUCUUUCCUGUUAGGAACUGCACAAGUCUCAUUUUAGCAUGGUUCUAGGUGUAAUCGCACUUCUUUGCAGCGUUUUUGGACAGUUUCAUGAUCUUUUGCAGAGCGUCUAAUUUGCUGUUAUUGCUAUACAGGACAUGCAGUUAAUACACCAAAACAAAUUCUCCGCACACCUUUAAUUUGCCGUAUUUCCUUUGAAGCCAUACAACUUAAAGAGACUACACUCAAACUACAUUCUUUGCUCUCACCAAGAUCUGUGUCCUUCAAUGGCAUCAAAUGCAAACUCACACGAGCACCUGCAGUGCUUUGUACAUAGAGGUCAGGAUCACAGUCACCCAUAUCUCAGCUACAUCGCACAGUUUACUCUUCACUUGCUGAACCAGGAUUUCCCCUCAGACUCCAUAAUCAAGGAGAGACUUCAACUACUCAGCCUCAAGAUGCAGGAAAAGCAUGAAAAAAUUCAUGAACUGCUGCUUCCUGAAAGAAGAGAAAUUCAAAGGCUGUUCUCAUUUUAUAGAGAUCUCCCCAGGUAUAACCUGCCAGAACCUAACAGGUUCAGCCUAGAUACCAUUCAUAGCCCCCAACUCUCGGAGAACUUGCUUCUAGUGGACGUUCUCUUGAAGAUUGUUCUGACCCACCCCACCCCCACAACGCAGCACAACACUUAAGCCUGAUUUAUACUUCUGCAUCAACGCGUCGCCGUAAGUACUGCGUCGCCGCAAACCCGACGCGAAUCCCUACGCGAGAGCGUGCGUUGCUGCGAUGCACACCUCUCCCAAAAUGUAACCGCGCGUCACGGCAACACAGACCGAACAACUGUGAUUGGUCGGCUUGGUAGCAUCGCAUUUCCUUCUACACUGCAAUAGCUUCCUGUUGGGCUACUGAAGGGCAGGGAAGGAACUCUGGCUGCAAUGCUUUCCAUAAAGCUUUACAGACCUCCGAAAUUAUGGAGGACACAUUUGGCUUUUACGAAAAAAUACGCUCGUUUCUUGUUUACCCUGAGAAAGAUUACCAUGACCACGAAACCUUGCGCGGGCAGGUGUGUGUGCAUGCGCAACGUGCCUGAAUUGCAGAGCGAUGCAGACACACCAACGCACAAGUAUAAAUGCUCACAACGCACGUAAGUCACUUGCGUUGGUUACGGCGUUGAGUUAACGCAGAAGUAUAAAUCAGGCUUUAGUAGUAACCCUCUCAGCAGCUCAAAGAGUUUUGCCUUAAUAAUGGCAGUUCUUUGUAGAGCUGGCUACAGAGUUCACACCUACUGGUCUAAAGGCCAGCAGGUGCGAGAAGUCAGUGGAUCACAGUGUCAGUUUCAGCACGGUGUUGCACGUAAAUGUAUAGAGUUGUGAACUUCACCUCUGAUGAUCGUUGUAUGUAUGACUUUGAUGUUGUGACCAACAACGUUUCAAAUGGCAGUGAACAAUGAGCAAUAAUGUUUUAAAUGGAA